GAUAGCUAUGUAUGUGUGGCAGGGCCAAGUUUUACUUGUAGUUUUUACUGUAUUUUUUGUAGUGUUUUAGGAUAGGAGUAGGUCCCCUGAAUAAAUCACCCCUUUUAUUAGAUGUCCCCUACCCUUUCAUAGAAGUGUGUACCCCUGAUUAGCUUUCCCCAGUAACAGUUCACAUUGUAUGUAAAUUGUUCCCAUGCCAUUGGUUCCCCCUGUCUCAAGACCAUGUGCCCUGCCCACCCUGUAAGACCACAGACCCCUCAUGAUCAGUAGCAGACCAGCGGCAGUAGAGAGAGGACCGUGCAUUUUAUUACCUCUCUUUCCCCUUUGAUUUUCUUGGGUGCGCUUUGCCCUGUGUGAGAGUUUAUCUGCUCGAGUUAUAGAUUUUCUGCCAGAAGUGUCUUUAAGGUCUACUAAUAUACACACUGUGUUGGUUUGAGUCUUUGGUUUUAGGUUUAAGUUUUGGUCUUCAUCUUUUGUUUUGAUUUUGAUUUGAAGUUCUUGUAAAUAAAUUCCUUUUGUCUUUUUUUGUUCGAAAUCUAGAAUUGUGUCCCUUGUCCCUAUUAAUUCAGUCUCCUCGCGCCUUUUCUCUUCAAAGAUCCUGAGUUUAGUUUGGUUAGAAUCCCCAUAGUUGUAUUAGUUUUCGCGAGUUCCCCAGGUGUGUCAUUUUUCCAGGUUACAUUUUUUUACUAUUUUUGGUGGAGAAUCCGUGUAGGGAAUAUAUUUUUUUUAGUAAAAUUUAGCCAGGAAUUGUUUUGAUAGGGACGACAGGCAGUUUUUCAAAGGUUUUUUCUGUCUUUGGUGGUCAGUUUAGAUAAGUCAAGUAAUAGAGUCUAUAAACCAACACAGUGUUGUUAUAUUGGUGGAUCGGACAAGUACAUGAUGGUGGAUGUCAGGACUCCACUCCAGCUCUGUGGUUUCGACCCAGUACCUGCUGAAACCUGCAACCUUGAAGUCCCUGAUGUGCAGCCACAGUCUGAGAUGCUGAGACUCCUGCAGCACCAGUCCAGUAUGCAAGAGGUUAUUCUGCAGCAAUUUCGGCAGAUAAACGCACUCAAGGAGAUGAUGCGGCAGGUGAUGGGCGAACAGAUGAGGCAGAGAUGCUACAUACAUAGUCUGGAGUGCGCCCUGUCAGAUGUUAAGGUGAAUCAGCGUCCCCCAAAUCAGCCAGUUCCAGAAGUCCCCAUCCCACAUCGGCCAGUACCGAAAACCCCCAACCCGCAGCCAGUGCAGGAAGUCCCUAAGCCCAUCCCCCAGCCAGCGCCAGAAACACACGCAAGCACCCCUGAUGAGGCGACACAGGCCAGCUCUCAGGGAGGUAUGAGUUCCGAAAGGAUAAGCCUCAGGGAAGCUCAGCUGAAAGAUCCCGCAAUCAGGCGGGUUGUUGAGCUCAAGACGGCAAGCCCCCUGAUGACAAGGAGGCAAAUGUCCCAAGAAACCAGAGUGGUGCAGAAGUUGCUAGGAGUAUGGCGUCGACUAGAGGUGAAGGGAGGACUUCUGAUGUACAAGAAGGGCGGCGGGAAGGCUACAUGUAGAUACCUGGCAGUGCUUCCCCGACAGCAGAGAGAGGAAGUGUUUCAUAGUCUCCACGGAAGCAUGGACAAGUUCGGCUAUGGAAGAAUCCUGAAGCUUGUCAAGGACAGGUAUUAUUGGCCUAGUCUUCAUAAUGAAGCAAUGGCAUACAUGAGGUGCCAUCGCAGGGGCGUACAGCGAAACGGGAGGGAAGCGUCCGGUGAGAUCUCACCGCCUCCAGAGUUCCGGGAUGACAGAGGACCCUGAUCACUGUAUUUUUGUCUAGUUUAAAUUUGUGGUUGACUUAAAUGUCCUCAAUAAUGUAUUGAAGUGUAUUGUGUAUUUUAGCAUUUUGUUUGUUUGUUUGUUUUAAUCAUGUUUAAUUGAAUUAAGUUGAUUUUUAUUGCCAUUGCUGGGGACAGCAAUAUUUUAAAGAUGGCGUGAGUGUGGCAGGGCCAAGUUUUACUUGUAGUUUUUACUGUAUUUUUUGUAGUGUUUUAGGAUAGGAGUAGGUCCCCUGAAUAAAUCACCCCUUUUAUUAGAUGUCCCCUACCCUUUCAUAGAAGUGUGUACCCCUGAUUAGCUUUCCCCAGUAACAGUUCACAUUGUAUGUAAAUUGUUCCCAUGCCAUUGGUUUCCCCUGUCUCAAGACCAUGUGCCCUGCCCACCCUGUAAGACCACAGACCCCUCAUGAUCAGUAGCAGACCAGCGGCAGUAGAGAGAGGACCGUGCAUUUUAUUACCUCUCUUUCCCCUUUGAUUUUCUUGGGUGCGCUUUGCCCUGUGUGAGAGUUUAUCUGCUCGAGUUAUUGCACUUGGGUACUAUGGGUCUCCUGAGCCUGGGCACACCACUAUCAUGGGAAGAAAUCAAGGCCAACGGUUACGACGAACACAUCCGUCGCCAUGGACUCAUCCAGUUUGUCAAUCUUUACAACAAGCUGAAAGACCGGCCGUGUGACAUGCUCAAAUGGGGGGAUGAGGUUGAGUACAUGUUGGUCAAGCUGGAUCAUGAAAACAAGUCAGCAAAACUUCUACUUAAAGCAGAAGAGAUUCUCCCAAGGCUGCAAGAAAAGGAAGAGAAUAACCCAGGGGGCGAUUCGAACACGCUCUGGCAUCCCGAGUACGCAGCCUACAUGGUUGAAAGCACUCCCGGAAAGCCGUACGGGGGAUUGAUGGCACAUCUGAACACUGUAGAAGCUAAUAUGAAACUCCGGAGGCAAGAAUUGGAAAAGCUACUGGACACAGCCAAAGGGGAGACAGCCCUCACCUUGACUGCAUUCCCCAGACUGGGAUGUCCCAGUUUUUCCACACCAUGGUACAAGCCCAACCCUAGUAACGAUGACGGCAUCUACAAGUCUCUCUUCAUUCCCGAUGAAACGAUUUACCUGGGACAUCCGCGGUACAGCAGCUUUACAAAGAAUAUACGGAAGAGGCGAGGCGAGAAAGUAGCUAUCAACAUUCCAAUUUUCAAAGACAAGAACACUCUGACUCCUUUCGUCGAGGAGUUCGUAAACGACCACGAUGGUGAGGGCGCUAGAGCAGCGAAGCCGGACCACGUGUACAUGGACUGCACGGGGUUUGGCUUCGGCAACAGCUGUCUUCAGAUGACAUUCCAAGCGUGCAAUAUCACAGAGGCGCGACACCUGUACGAUCAGCUUACGCCACUGUGCCCGAUAAUUUUAGCAUUGAGUGCAGCUUCCCCUAUCUAUAAGGGUUACCUCACGGACCACGACGUUCGAUGGAAUGUCAUCGCAGAAUCGGUGGACGACCGGACACCGGAAGAGAGGAACUUGGAGCCAUUAAAGAACAACAAGUUUGUUAUCCCCAAGUCGCGCUACGGCUCCACGGACAGCUACCUGUCGCCCAACGGGGAGCGAUACAGCGACAUUGACCUGGUACUGGAUGAGAGAGAUUGCCAAGAGCUCAUGGAUAAAGGUAUUGAUCGUCAGCUGGCUCGGCACAUAGCCCAUCUCUUCAUCCGAGAUACCAUUUCCGUCUUUGCUGAGAUGAUUGGCCUGGAUGACAAUAAGGACUCCGAUCACUUUGAGAACAUUCAGUCCACCAACUGGCAGACGUUGCGGUUCAAGCCACCGCCGGUCAACUCCAACAUCGGCUGGAGGGUGGAAUGCCGACCGAUUGAGGUCCAGCUGACAGACUUUGAGAACGCAGCCUAUGUGGUCUUUGUCGUUCUGCUGACCCGCACAAUACUGACCUUCAAGCUGAACUUGCUGAUGCAGCUAUCAAAGGUAGACCUGAACAUGCAGCAGGCACAGAAACGCAAUGCUAUCCUCAACUCCAAGUUCUACUUCCGUAAAGACCUACAAUCUUGUGCCUGCGACUGCCCAAUUGAGAACGAGCAAUGCCUCAUGAGCAUCAACACCAUCAUCAACGGAGGUCCGCUGGGGGACGGCCAGGGGGAUUUCCCAGGCCUGAUCCCCCUCAUCAACCUGUACGUGGCGACCGUGGAAACAGACCUAGAUACGAGGUGUACCAUCAUGCGUUACCUCAAACUCAUCUCGGAUAGGGCCUCGGGAAAACUUCAGACAAUGGCGGCCUGGAUGCGUAAUUUCGUAACCAGUCACUCAGAGUACAAACACGACUCCGUCGUCACGGACAGAAUCAACUACGACCUCGUCACGGCCUGCGACCAAAUCACGAAGGGUCAGAUGACUGCCCCCGAGCUGUUCCACUGCACGGAGUCCAAAUCCUCCAAUGACAUUCCCAACUCGGUCAAGGUUGCCCAGGAGAUUGUCUAGCGCCCUCACUUGGUAGGCUAGAUGGGUCAAUAGUGCCCUCUAUAGUGACCAAUUAUUUUUAAAAAAAUAAAAAUUGGGGGAAGAUUCGAUUAUAGCCACUGCCCUAUCGAAGGACCGUUUAACUGAGGAAUUGUUUUGAAGGAAAUGCAAAGGAUUGUGGGUAAUUACUGCCAUGAUCAAUGCGUUAAACAUUCUGUAUUGAAAUGUUGACGUAUGAAACAAAAGAAAAAUCAAAGAGUUAGAUGUCAUCAGGGGUUCAAUUUCAUGGCGCUGCUAUAAGCACCGAUUUUCUGCUAACAGAGCUCCAUCUAUUUCACGGAAACCAUAUGAGCUUACCUCGAAGGGAAACUUUUUAUUAAAAUCAGUGGCAUAACAAUAGAAAUUUCCAUGCGCAUAAGCAUUAGCCCAUCCACGCCAUGAAAUAGUACUUAAAGUCAAAAAAU